AAGACAUGCGAAGGCUGAAUGUCGUCGCUUUGUCUCAGCAAUUUAUUUAAUUGCAGUUCGCGGUUGCCGCGAGCUAAUAGUUUUAUCUAUCGUAUUUUAAAGCCUCAUUUAAAAUAUUUGUAAAUGUUUAAUUAAUGUAAAGGUGCCUUUUAAGUGAAUCGUGAUAAAUUGUGAGUAAAUUAUUAAUGUACGUGGCCCGGUCAGUAUUCCAAGAAACUACACAAUUCUCCAUCAAGAUCCGGAAACCUACUUAUUAUGUUGAUAUAUUGUAAAGUGAGCAAUCGUAAUCGUAUCAUUGGGUUGGAUUGAAAUUGUCAGAAGCCAGUGACCCGUGGUGUAUUCGUCAAAAUGUUCCGAAGUAAAAUAAGGAUUCACACGUGUCGUAUUAUCCUGCUGACGUCCUUGGCUUGGUUACUGGUGGACGUUAUGCUGCUGGCUAUGUAUUCGGACUGCUUCGGCGACGGAUGUAAUAAGAAGACUGUUACUAGUGAAAUUUCAAUUGGGAAGGAGGCAUACAAAGGGAAAAAAGCAGCAAUUGCUGCAGCACUUCAACAGGAUGUAGGUGAUGAUGAUACAAAUUUAGAAGAGAAUGUAUUGGGCCAAGAGGUCGAGGAUGAUGGGGUUUUAUUAUCUCCAUAUCCAAGGUCAAGACUCAAAAGGUGGCAGCGAGCACCUUCUGUGAUACCCCAGGGAGAAUCACCUGGUGAAAUGGGUAAGGCUGUGAACAUUCCGAUUGAACAGGAGAAGUUGAUGUUAGAUAAAUUCCAAGAGAACCAAUUCAAUCUGUUGGCCAGCGAUAUGAUCUCACUCAACAGGUCACUGACCGACGUCAGAUUCGAAAAAUGCAAAGACAAGCAAUAUCCAGAGUUGAUGCCAACGACGAGCGUAGUUAUAGUGUUCCACAACGAGGCUUGGUCGACUCUAAUCAGAACUAUAUGGAGCACGAUAAACAGAUCGCCGAAAGCUCUGCUCAAGGAAAUUAUUCUCGUUGAUGACGCUAGUGAAAAAGAACACCUGGGAAAGAAGCUGGAAGAUUACAUAAAGACAUUGCCCGUUUCGACUCGUCUCUUCCGUACAGAGAAACGGUCCGGUCUCAUCAGGGCUCGUCUGCUCGGAGCCAAACAUGUACUCGGUGACGUCAUCACCUUCUUGGACGCACAUUGUGAAUGUACAGAGGGGUGGCUGGAGCCACUGCUGGCGCGCAUCGUGGAAGACAGAGCGACGGUCGUGUGUCCGAUCAUAGACGUUAUUUCGGAUACGACAUUCGAAUACAUUCAGGCUUCCGACAUGACGUGGGGCGGCUUCAACUGGAAACUUAACUUUAGAUGGUAUCGCGUUCCCGAACGCGAGAUGUCACGACGCGGAGGGGACCGUACAGCGCCACUUCGUACCCCGACCAUGGCGGGCGGACUCUUCGCCAUCGACAAGGAAUACUUCUAUAAAAUCGGCUCUUACGACGAAGGCAUGGACAUUUGGGGCGGCGAGAACCUUGAGAUGAGCUUUAGGGUGUGGCAGUGCGGCGGGCGGCUCGAGAUCGUGCCGUGCUCGCACGUGGGCCACGUGUUCCGCGACAAGUCCCCGUACUCGUUCCCGGGCGGCGUUCAGAACGUUGUGUUGCACAACGCGGCCCGCGUCGCCGAAGUCUGGAUGGACGAGUGGGGAGAUUUCUAUUACGCCAUGAAUCCAGGUGCGUUGAACGUCCCGGUCGGUGACGUCAGCGAGAGGAAAGCUUUAAGAGAACGUCUCAAGUGCAAGAGCUUCAGGUGGUACCUCGAGAACAUCUACCCCGAGAGUCAAAUGCCUCUCGAGUACUAUUACCUUGGAGAGAUUCGUAACGCGGAAACAUCGAACUGUUUGGACACCCUCGGCGGCAAGGCUGGCCAGCCGCUCGGCAUGGGCUACUGUCACGGAAUGGGAGGCAACCAGGUGUUUGCUUACACGAAACGCAAGCAAGUAAUGUCGGACGACAACUGUUUGGAUGCGGCGCAUCCGCGUGGACCCAUCAAGCUGAUCCGGUGUCACGGCAUGAGGGGCAACCAGGAGUGGAUAUACGAUACCAAGACGCGGACAAUAAAGCACACGAACACGGGCAUGUGUCUCGACAAGCCGGACGCGUCGGACGUGUGGAAGCCGGUGCUGCGGGCCUGCGACAAGUCCCGGGGACAGCAGUGGCUGAUGCAGGUCGACUUCAAGUGGCAGGCCAGGCGGAACCAGAACAGCUAGUCCCCACUCGCACCGUGCAAGGUUUGACAACGAUAGACCAUACCAGUCUUCCUACACUUUCAUUAUUUUAUAUCAGAUCUUAUUCCUAAAAUAAAAUUUAUAUUUACUAGAUUUUAAUGUAACACACACGAGGUCCUAUGAACCAUUGACAAUACAUAUUAUUAUGCUGUAAAUCACAAUGAAAGUUGCUCAAGUAGAUAUUGUGUGUUUUGUUUGAUGUUUUCGUGUAUUCUAUUCAGUGUCUAUAGCGACUUACUUAAAAGAAAUAAAAAAAAAAAAUUUAUAGCACACACAAAGGAAGGGCCUUACAAAAUAUAUUUCAAGUUUAAAAUCCUAUAUUAAAUUUCAUAUUUUACUAUUUGAAUUUUUGUUAGCAAUAUGUUUUUUUUUUUCAAUGUUCGCUUUUAUGGCUUUUCGAAGGGUAUCAGCCAAAACAUAUUAAUACAAAAUCGGUUUGUAGCCUGUUUUAAAACAUCAAGGCUAUUAAUAAUUAUAGUUAUUCCAUCACUGUAGAAAUAAAACGAGUUUAAUAUUAUAAUUAGAUAAUAUUGUAUAAAAUUCCCACAUAUCUUUGCCCCUUUCGCUGAUUUUUUUAGUUGUCAGAGAAGUAGUAUUCUAGAAAUAUUUUAAUUAUUUUUUUCCAGAACUGAAUAGAAUACACGGAAAUAAUGUAAUUGUAAUAAAGAAGAGAAAUAUAUGUUUAUAAAUUGUGUAAUAAUUCAUUAUUAUUAUAACUAUAUUUUUAUGAGCUAGAGGUUGUAUUUAGGUAAUGUUCAUUUGAAAUUAUUCUGUAGAGUCGUUGUAUUUACACGAUAGGUCAUUAAAUUUAUGAUUACAAAAAGGAUGUAUAUGGCACUCCGCAAUUUUAUUCUAUUUACAAUUUAUUAGAGUUAGGAACUAGACAAAUAUUUUUGUUGAUUUCACUCCAUGGCAAGUAAGUUUGAUAUGUGUUAAGAAGUGCACAUUAUAUUCAAACCGUUGGCAGAAUAUCUAUUGUUCAUUAUGUUGGUAGAUAACAUAAUGAAAGAAAGAUAUUGUUUCCAGCAGAAUACUGGAAAUAGCAUAUCAUUACAUAUAAUGAUGACAUUUAUAAAUAUUUUGCUUUAUUUGAAUGUUUGCUUGUAUUCAAAAUAUUUAUACAAUAUGAACUCUUAUGAAAAUGUAUUUAUGUA